AGCAUGACAAGUAAGAUCAUGAAGGAGAAGGAUGGAUGGGGAGACCUCAAAGAGCUGCAAGCAAGGUGCACAACGUUUUUCCACUUUCCAUUGCUGUGAUUGGUUGUCGGCGCGGAGCCGCAUCUCCAGUGCCUCACCUUCAAUCCCUGCAGCAGCAUUGGGCACCGCAGCAGUCUUAAAGCUCUUGCUUAGUGACGUUUCGGCUUGUGGAGUGCCCUAAAAUCUUGAUCUGCAUUUCUGGAUGUUGGGUGGUUUGCGUUCGGCAUCCCCUGAGAAGGAUCCACUACUCUACGCUGUCCUUGACUUGAUGCAGAAGGGCUAGACAGAUUUGCGGUUAUGGAAAGAAUGACUUUUUCCAUGAUUGGCUAUUCUAGGAAGCCAUUGGGAGACCAUAGGCCAGAAUUCCACCAUCGCUGUCAGUGUCGCGAAAGCAGCUGCAGCAGCCGGCGACAGAAUGUUCGGGAACGGCACAUUGUGGUCGUGACACCUCUGGGCUUUCUCACAACGUUGCUGUGGGGCCUUGCUUCCCUCGUGAUUUUGGUUGAGGGUCGGACAUUCUAUGUCUCUUCGGAAAUAGGUCGGGACUCGUUCAGCGAAGAAGAGGCACAAGACCCCCGAACGCCUUGGGCUACCCUUGACCGAGUUCGUAGGUUGUUUCUCGAGCGCGGCCAUCAACCUGGAGAUCAGAUUCUCUUUCAAAGAGGCGGUGUGUUCCGAGGUGGGAUUGACCUCUCUCACUUCACAGCCACACUGGUAAAUGUCACCUUUGCAGCGUAUGGCAACCCAUCUCUCCCCCGACCACGCCUCACAGGCUCCAUAUUGGUUGACUCGGCAUCGUGGCAGAAAUGGGGUCCAUCAGGAUGGGGGAUCUACGUGGCACAGAUCCCUUCUCAGCCUUCGUUCGUCGGAUCGGUAUUCAUCGAUGGCCAGCGGCUGAUGCGCUCCCGCUGGCCCAAUCAGGCGGAUCUUAUACCUGUGACUGGUGCCUAUGCUCGCUAUGACUCCUGCAACAGCACCACCAAGGAGAUCUUUGCUCCAUAUGCCGGCAGCCGACUUUCAGGGUACUGGGUUGGUGCAGAGCUUGUGUAUCGGUCGACCGCUUACAUGUACACGAAGGGCAGAGUGACUUCCUUUACUGUGAUUCCUGGAGACUCUGCUGGUGGCGCCACAACCAAUGGGGAGACGGUUGCCUUUGGAUUGGACCUAUCUUCAAGGGUCAGGGAGAUGCGAUGCAUACGUGGGGCGGGGUUCUUUCUGCAAGACCAUCUUGGGGAGCUCGAUUCUCCAGGGGAGUAUUUUUAUGACAGCACAUUUGGUAACCUGUAUGUCUGGAACUGGGACUCUCAGAGCCCGGUCAGGAAGACGGUGGAGAUCACAGUAACGUCCACAGGAAUUGGUCUGUUCAGAAACAUAGACUGUACAAUUUCCAAUUUGUCAUUGGAUAAAUACCAACAUUACGGUGUCCGCGUUGUCACCUCCACUAGCGCGUUGAGGCUCGUUGUGUCGAACCUCGUUGUGGAAGAUGUAAACGGCUUCUGUAUUGACUGCAGCAGCUGGUUUGGGGUCUGCUCAAACAAUGUGGUUCGUCAAUGUGGUCACACAGGCAUUUCUAUGCAAGGUUCAAACAAUUUUGUGCAAUGGAAUAACAUCUCGGAGGUAGGCCUCCUCAGAGGUGAGCACUUAGACAGUGCUCCUCCACAAGGGAUAGGGACGGGCAUGUACAACAGGAACACAACGAUUCAGUUUAACACUGUGGCUGUAACAGGGUAUAUGGGAAUCAACUUCCCGGGUGGAGGUAGCGUUACCCGGUUCAACUACGUGUCCGAUACUUGUCUCAUUUUGAAUGAUUGUGGCAGUAUUUACCAACCCUAUGUGCAAAACGCGUCCAUAGCCAGGAAUAUCAUAACGCGGUCUUGGGGCAAUGAGGACUCACUACCGGUUGGGAUGAAUCACCCCGCAUAUGACCCCUACAGGAGAUUCGGAGAAAUAUGCGUUUACAUUGACAACAAUGCGACAGGCAUAACUGUUGCAGGUAACACAGUGAUGGGCUGCUCCACUGGUGUGUUCAAUCAUGGAGGCAACUUCACGCUCAUCGUCGGGAACACAUUUUUUGAUACCAGGCGAGCUGUCCAGUUUGGCGGGUUGUGGACUGGCUAUAACAGUACCGUCGAAAGGAACAUCAUAUAUCUGAAUCCAGGAGGUACUGUCUCCUUUUACGAGAGGGAGCCCGCAAACGAACCUGCCCAGUAUAUCAGAAAUACGAUUUGCAGUCCGUAUAAACCCAAUGCCGUUCAGGUGUUCAAUAGGUCCCUCGGAAACCGACAAUGGGGUACCAAAGAUUGUGCCAUUGACAACAAACCGGCCUGGAACAUCACCUACCAGAGUAAAAAUCUCAUAACUCCAGCACUGACUAGAGUUCUUGCCCGCAUGAGUGGCGAAGGCCAAGGUUGGGUUGUGAUCCCUUCGAACGUGCCUCUGGAAUUCAAUGGUCCCAACGACUACUGUCAAGCCCAACCUUGCCUGCGAAUUGUGCCGCCUCCGGGGUGUUGUGACGAUGAACAGCUUCGGCCUCAAGCAAAUGUUAGAUUGGUGUUCAAUCCGCGCCUCAUGCUUGAACCAGGGACGCAAUAUUUGGUGCUGUUGGAGACGUUCUCGUCACUGCAACUUCCUUUCCUUCAACUUAGGCCGGGGAAUGUUCUCUACCCCACGUCACCAUAUCCGGAUGAGGUGACAACGACAACACACCUUUUCAGUGUGCGGACUCGGACGUUCACCUCCAUUGAGCUGCUAUUGCCGAUGUUCCCAAAUGAUACGGUAUACAUCAAGAAAGCUGGUGUCUACGAGGUAUCCUACUCAAGGUUCAAUCCCCCGCUGGAGCAGCUGCUGAUCAACCCAAGCCAUUCAAAGCUGUUUGUUACACUGCCAAAAGAAUUCAAUUACAGUGAUAUAUAUGGAAAUAUACUUGGCGAAAGUGUGAUGAUUGGGCCAUGGUCAUCGGAAAUCAUUUAUACUCUUCCCACAGACUCAUUGCUGCAACAGUUGGCCAUUACCUGAGUAAACAAUUUCAUUUGUUUGGUUAUUUUCAAUUAUUCGUCUUCCUGAUAUAUACUUGUUUAUCUACCCCAUUAUUCACUUAUUGGUUUAUUACUCACUACCUAGUUUCCGAUUUCCAUUGGCUCGGGUGCACUAGUAACGCAUGCGGAAAUAUGAUAAGCUUUCCAUCAACCCAGGGAGGUUGUAGUUCUCCACUCUUGUUGAGGAUGCAGAGUUGGCAGCAAAAGCAUUCUCUUCAGUCCAUUGAUGAGAGAUACGGGAGCGGGGCGAGGGGCGGGAGGAAUAGGGGCGAAUGUGUGUGUGUGUGUGUGUGUGUGUGUGUGUGUGUGUGUGUGUGUGUGUGUGUGUGUGUGUGUGUGUGNAGAGAGAGAGAGAGAGAGAGAGAGAGAGAGAGAGAGAGAGAGAGAGAGAGAGAGAGUCAUGCAAAGAGGUCAACAUAGGGUUGCAUUUUGGGUGCACAAAUCGUGCACCAUCCAGUUUUCGGAGAAAAUGAGAUCGACAAGCAUUUAUUCCUGAAACCACCGUGAUGUAUAGUCGAUCAGCACGAUCAGCUGCGAAUCAUUUGCAACUUGUAGAGUUCUGGUUUCGGGGAGUUCUGCUUGCCACUGCUAGAGAGUGGUGUUCAACCACCACUGCGCCCUAUGCUAUAUAUUGACGAACUGGCACUUUUUUUCGGAGCCUGGCCCACCGAACCAAAAUGAUGUGGGCCUACCGGUAGCCUCAGGGAAUGAAAAAUGCGUAUUUUUGCCACCGACAUUUCCUCUACCAUGCAGAAUUUUUUCGUUCCCCUCAGAAACGGUCUGCACUAGAUCCAUGUCCCUGAUGGUUUUUUUUUUUCAGAUUUUUUCAUCAGUUAAUUCUGCGCACGAAAAUUCGCCAAAGUCCGCCCACUUGCCAUUUUGCUAAAAAGCGGCCGCCUGCUGCCAAGCCAACAGGCCGGCGCACGCAUUUUUGAGCUGUCGGGUGGCAGCGGUGGUUUAGGAGUUGGAUGACCUCUUCGAUAAUUGUGUGUGUGUGCAUGGGCACGUCUGGCCGAGUUUUCCACGAACAGGGACCAGUCCAGCCUCGACAGAUGCUUGUGCGGACUCUUCUUCUGUUCUUGGAGCGUACUCCGAAGUUUCAUGAAUACCUUUUUCUUCUUCAAGUGCACUGAGAAGUUGCCGGAUAUGCUGGAAGUCUCUGUGGACUUCCUGAAUACCUUUCCUUAAUGUACGUAUGCGAGGAAGUUGCAGGCAUGUUAUGUCCAUUGAUAGCUGGCAGGGAAUGGAUGGCCAAAACAACUUAUAGUGUCAACUAUGUCGAGAGGGACAAUUGAUUCGGUUUCAGGGUAGAGCUCUGUGGCACUUCACUUUUUUGCGACAUUUGCUGCCAGAUGCCACACUGUGAGACGGCGUAUGAAAAAGAGCUGCACGGGACCUAAAAGCCGAACCUAAAGAUGGUGCCUCAUUUAGGUUCAGGUUCCAUUUGGACAUCACCCAAACAAUUGGACCGUAUCACCGCUUAAUGACGUGACAUGUCAUGUCGUCUAUGUUUUUCUUCAUGUCAGUAUGAAAUUCAAUUCUGUCAUUUCGCCACCUCUGUUAACCUCCCCGCAUAAUCUCGACGGAAUGAAUGGUUUGGACUUCU